UUUGUAUCCAUAAUAGAACACAUUUGGAGCAAAAUGAAAAUAUUCUUAGAAAGAAUCGAGAAUAUUUUAAUUAAAUAAAUGAAUUAAUAACAUUUAUUAUCAAGUUUAUAAUUUAAAAAAAAAAAUUGUAUUUUUAUUCUCAUUAUGAAUGGCUCAGAGGGUCAAGUACAUGCAGAGUUACCUUGUGGUGCUCCUCCAAUUAUUCCAGACAUUCGAGAUGAUUUACGGUCAUAUAUUUUGUGUCCAGAAAAACUGCCUAUACACCAGGUUGAAAAUAAUCAGCUUUAUUGGCCUAGACAGUCAGAUAUUUUGGCAUUACUUGAAUGUGACUUAUCUCCUCUUGGAACAACUCUAAAGUUUGAUCGAGACCCCAUAACAGGAAAAUUAACUCAUAUGAGAGAAGAUGUUUUGUAUGGAGUUGGAGAAAAUGCUAAAAAUUCAAUGUCUCUAACUAGAGCACCUGGGCCACCUAUGGAAGGAGUCCAAGGUAAUUCUAGUAACUUACCAUUUUGGCCUGGUGGAUUUAAUGAACCAGAACCAAUUAAAGCAGUUCCAACAUCAGAUAUCGAUUUUGAAAAUAAUUUAAGAACUCUAGCAAAAGGAUUUAGAGCCGGAGUAGAAUUUGCUGCAGAUAAUUUUUCUUUAAAAGAUACUGCAAAAAAUGAUAUUAAAAAUCAGCAAAAAAAGCAACAAAAAAAACAAAAGAAAAACAUAGAGAAGGUGGAUUUAAUGGCAAUGGUCCAUGAUGAGGAUAAUAAAUUAGGCUUAUGGUCUACAACAACUGUUGAAACAAAAGAAUCUAUUAAGAAAUUCGACGAUACUGCUAUUGAUUCUGAUCUAGAAGAUAUUGAUGAUUUAGUAAUCGAUGAUACUACUCCAAUAUUGAAAUUAACAGAAAAGCCUAAAUCGAUGGUUGCUGAAUGGGCUGAACAAUUGGAUGUCUCUGUACCAGUUCGAGAUUUUGAUAAAAAAGUUCCUAAGCCGGCCAUAACAUUUGAUUAUGAAUUAGAUACUUUCCAAAAACAAGCGAUUAUCAAAUUAGAAGAAGGUUGUAAUGUUUUUGUAGCGGCACACACAUCAGCUGGAAAAACGACAGUUGCAGAAUAUGCAAUAGCCUUAAGUCAAAGACACAUGACUCGAGUAAUUUAUACUUCUCCAAUAAAAGCUUUGUCAAAUCAAAAAUAUCGAGAUUUUAAGAGAAAUAAACACUUUGAAAGUAUCGGUUUAGUAACCGGUGAUAUUCAAAUUAACCAAACUGCCAAUUGUUUAAUAAUGACUACUGAAAUUCUUCAAACUAUGCUUUAUAACGCUUCCGAAGUGAUACGUGAUUUGGAGUAUGUAAUAUUCGAUGAAGUUCACUACAUAAAUAACGAAGAUCGAGGACAUGUAUGGGAAGAAAUAGUUAUUCUUCUUCCUCAACACGUAAACAUUGUUAUGUUAUCAGCUACUGUUCCCAAUCCUCUUAUUUUUGCUAACUGGGUUGGCAAUAUAAAGAAAAGAAAGAUGUAUGUAAUUAGUACAUUAAAGCGACCGAUUCCAUUGAAACAUUAUUUAUAUAUUGGUACAGAUGGUAAAACCAGAAAUGAUAGAUAUUUAGUUCUUGAUGGUGAUGGAAAUUUUCAUUUGGAUAAUUGGUAUAAGACGAAAACCCUUCAAGAUUCUCGAAGCAAAAAUUCUAAAAAUGAUAAUCGAAAUAGAGCUCAAUUUACUCUAAAACAGGCAAAAACAAUGUGGGAAGCAUUUAUUGCUCAUUUAAAAGAACAACAACUCUUACCCGUUGUAAUUUUUACACUAUCAAAGAAUCGAUGUGAUCAGAAUGCUGAUUUUCUAACAUCUGUUUGUCUUACUAACGAAACAGAAAAAAGCCACGUACGGACGUUCUUCAAAAAAUGUAUUAAAAGAUUAAACGAAUCUGAUAGACAUUUACCUCAAAUCAUUCGAAUGAGAGGUCUUUUAGAACGAGGUAUUGGAGUUCAUCAUAGUGGCAUUUUACCAAUUUUAAAAGAAAUCAUUGAAUUACUUUUCCAGAAUGGUGUUGUAAAAUUACUAUUUGCUACUGAGACAUUUGCCAUGGGAAUAAACAUGCCAGCGAGAACAGUAGUAUUUGACUCUGUUCGAAAAUAUGAUGGAAAACAAUUUCGCGGACUUUUACCUACUGAGUAUAUUCAGAUGGCUGGCCGUGCAGGUCGUCGAGGUCAUGAUAAAUCAGGAACAGUGAUACUUAUGUGUAAAAAUGAAGUUCCAUCAAUUGUAUCAUUAAAAGCAAUGAUGUGUGGAGAACCACAUGCUCUGCAGUCACAAUUUAAAAUCACUUACUCUAUGGUAUUGAAUUUAAGAAGAGUAAGUGAGUCUGUGACUAUUGAAGAUAUGAUGCGAAGAUCAUUCAAAGAAUUGUCUCUGACUACAGAGAAAGAUAAACGACAAUCGGAAUUGGCAAAAAUUGAGGAAACUUUGGCUAAACUCCCACCUCCAACUGAUUUUCAGAAAAAAUUAGCUGAUUACUAUAGUCUAGCGAUUGACUAUUUACAAGAAUGGAAAAUUGCGAGUUCUCAAUUACUAUCAACGAAACAGGCAACGAAAGUAUUGCUUCCUGGGAGAGUACUAUUGAUUUCCUAUCGUCAUCACUAUAACAAAUUAGCGGUUCUUUUAUCAAAAUAUCUAAAAGAUAAAGUCAAUGAAUACACUGUUUUGGUUUUAGCCAAUGCUGAUGAAGUAAAUAAAAAAGAUGAUAAAUUAGAUAUUUGGCACAGUAUUAUUGCUCUCACAAAGAAGACUAUCUUUGUGCCAACGGGUAUUCCCUUUUACGACUUUCUUUCAAUAAGAGAUGAACAUAUCAAUGAAAUCACUAGUAUUGUACUACAAACAAACUGUGAUGCAGUUUAUAGAGAUUAUUUAAAACGAAAAAUUCCCAGAUUUCAAAAUGAUGCACCCAAUCAAGCUUGUCAAUCAACUAUUCAAGAGCUUAUAGCAUUGUCAAUGAUGGCUUUGAGUAAUCCUAAAGUAGUUCAACCAUAUAUUGUGAUAUCAGUUUCUAAUCCAGAAUUGCUAACUAGAUUAAAAUAUAUUGAUAAACUUCAAGUGCAGAUGGCUUACAUGAAACUUUCAGAAAUACCAAAUUUUGAAUCGCAUUUUAAACAAGUUUUUGAACGUAAUGAACUCGAACGCCGUCGUCGAGAUUUACAAUUUCAACUCAGUGAUGAGAGUAUGAUACUUUAUCCAGAAUAUGUUAGUCGGGUUGAGGUUUUAAAACGACUAAAAUAUAUAGAUACAGAUGAAAGAAUAACUUUAAAAGGUCGAGUUGCAUUAGACAUGGGCACUCAUGAGCUAUUGAUAACAGAACUUGUCUACAGAAAUAUUCUAACUAAUUUACAACCUGCUGAAAUAGCUGCAGUUUUAUCUGCUCUAGUCUUUCAACACAAAACAGAUGUAGUGGAUAUAAAACUGCCAGUUUUAAAAGAAAUAUGUAAAGUAAUAACAGAAGUAAGGGAUGAAAUAGAAGCACUGGAAUUACAAUAUAAUUUGGAGCCCGUCGAGCCGUUGAAUUUUGGUUUAGUGGAGGUUGUUUAUGAAUGGGCUCGAGCAGAAACUUUCGCUAAAAUCAUGGAACUUACAGAUGUACAAGAAGGAAUCAUUGUUCGAUGUAUACAACAAUUAAAUGAUACUCUAAAAGAUGUCAAAAAUGCAGCGAACAGAAUUGGAGAAACAGUUUUAAAGGAAAAAAUGGAAGAAGCUUCCACUGCUAUUAAACGAGAUAUUGUCUUCACAGCAUCUCUUUACACUCAAGAUUAAACAAAUUUGUAAAUGAAGAAAUAAAUAUUUUUUUUUUACAUUGAA